AUGUCUGCCAACCAGACUGUAGACUUCCCUAUGAAUUCUUCCUUGUCGUCAGUCCGAACCACAGAUAAGGAGAAGAGUGACACCCAGGCAAGCUGUGAUCCAGAUCAUAUUACCUUUUCUUUUAACUUUGAUCAUUUUAUCCACUUUCUUUUUUAACGAGGGAUGAAAACUGGUCGUCAAUCUUAUGUUUAAUCUAAAUCCUCUCUUCUCUUCCAGGGCCCCUAUAAGGCUACCUCAAGCAUCGCUCAGAUCCAAUUGGUCAACUCUCAUCUUGAGGUCUAUGAUCCAAGUGAUGACUCAUUUGUCCUGGUCGACGCCCUUCUAGCCGAUCGAGCAAGACUCAUAGAACACCAGCCCAAGAUCUGCCUCGAGGUGGGCUGUGGCAGUGGCUAUGUGAUAACAUCGUUGGCCCUCAUGCUCCAGGAAGAAGCCCCGCGGAUUCACUACUUCGCCACCGACAUCAAUUUGCAUGCAGUGGCAACCACUCGUGGGACUUUGGAAGCCCAUGGCGUCCACGCUGAAGUUGUUGCCACCGACAUUGCUUCAGGGCUUCAGAGACGGCUUGCCGGGUUGGUAGACGUAAUAGUAGUCAACCCUCCCUAUGUGCCCACUCCAGAGGAGGAGGUGGCGUGCGAGGGGAUCACUGCUUCUUGGGCUGGAGGCGAGAAUGGGCGGAGGGUGAUCGACAGGAUCCUCCCAGUGGCAGACGAGCUUCUGUCAGAAAGGGGGUGGCUGUACAUGGUCAUACUUGCAGAGAACAACCCAUUGGAGAUUUGUCGGCGGAUGGGGGAGAAAGGGUAUGGAUCGAAGAUCGUACUCCAGAGGUCAACGCAGGAGGAGAGGCUCCAGGUCAUCAAGUUCUGGCGGGAGGGUGCAGCGGCUGGGCUCCCCAGGGAGGGGAGCAGAGGUGGUUCUUCAACUUCUGAAUCUUGGCUCUCGCAUUUCCCUCUGUUUUCUUUCUUGAGGAAAGGUGAGAAUGGCGGCUGA